AUGAGCUCCAGAGGGAGUGGAGGCCGCAAUAACGGCGCACUGCCACAGACUAAGAUCUGUCAGUUCAAGUUGGUGCUGCUGGGGGACAUGGCUGUGGGAAAGUCCAGCCUGGUGCUUCGGUUUGUGAAAGGGCAAUUUGAUGAAUUUCAAGAGACCACUAUAGGGGCUGCAUUUUUGGCACAGUCAGUGUGUCUAGAUGAUACGACUGUAAAGUUUGAGAUAUGGGACACUGCCGGACAAGAACGAUAUCACAGCUUGGCGCCUAUGUAUUAUCGUGGAGCACAGGCUGCAAUAGUGGUAUUUGACAUCACCAAACCGGACACGUUUGAAAGAGCCAAGGCCUGGGUUAAGGAAUUGCAAAGACAAGCAAGUCCCAACAUUGUAAUUGCCCUGGCCGGAAACAAAGCCGAUCUGUCUGAAAAGAGACUUGUAGAAUUCGAGGAAGCCCAGACUUAUGCUGAAGACACUGGUUUGCUUUUUAUGGAAACUUCUGCCAAGACGGCCAUGAACGUUAAUGAACUAUUCCUGGCUAUUGCAAAAAAGAUGCCAAAAACAGACACCCAGAAUCCUACACAUGCUGCACGGCACCGGGGAGUAAACCUUCAGGAUCCAGAUGCGCACUCUGCGCGGGCAUGCUGCGGAGGAAAUUAG